AUGCCCAACGGAGUCGUUGAAGAGCGUCAUGUGGAUUCUUUGGAAGUUCUGCUGGCUGAGGAACAUUGCCCUUUUGUGGCGGCAUUUUUCUCCAGCUCUUCCCCUCUCUCUCAGACUCCAGAGCUGGCUCUGACUGAGCAAAGGCUUGCAACAUCUUUCCCGACGGUCCGAUAUGUGAGAGUGGAGACGGAGUACAUGACCAUCAGAUCCUUUCUUCAGUGGGAUAUUUCCUUCCUUCCGACCUACGUCCUGUUCUGGCCGGGCAAAGAAGGCGGAACCAAAGGAUGGCAUCGCUGGACGGGAAAAGGUGCCAACCCCUAUGAUUACAGUGAAGUUUCGUCGUGGAUUUCGGAAGUCACAGGGCUGCAGCCGCAGAACACUUCGGUGGCCACAACGGGUCCACCGUUGCUUCCCCGGGGCUCGCAGAAAGCCUCGUCGGCCUGGCUGGUCAUUGCCUGGACACUGGUCACUUAG